UCAAACCACCGGAAGCGGCUUCCGGCCCAGGACCGGCUCCAGCGCAGGGGAGGGAGCGGCCCUUAGCAACCGCUUCGCAAAGAUGGCAUCAAAGACAACCAGGGACAUGCUGAAGAGCAAGUGGGGUUUAAAGUCCAACAACGCCAAAUCCGAAGCCGAAUUAGAGAAGUGUAAAAGAGAUAACGAAGCCAUCAAAAAGGACAUUGCUGGUGGAAAAGGAAAGCUGACAGAUAAGGAAAGGGACAGACUCCUAGAGAAAAUCCUCUCUCUCGAAACUGAGAAGGAAAAGAAUUGCCAUCACCUUGUAGAGAAAGACAGAGAGAUUCAGCGGCUCCAAGAGCAGCUGGGGCGCAGAAACUGCCCCAGUGAGGAACGGGACGACUUGGAGGAGAAAGCAAGAGAGGCCAAGAGGAGAGAGCAGCUCUUGAAGUCCUUCUCCGAAGAGACCGACAUUCUGAAAACACAGUUAUCGACGGCAACCACAAGACUCUCUGAACUGGAAAGCAAGGCCAGUGCAGUGCAGUUAACCCAGGAAACGGCCUUGGACUCGCGCCUGGGAAAUAUCGGAGCCGUGGAGUUGCAGCUGAAAGACGCCCUGGAGAAAAAUCAGCAGUGGCUGAAGUACGAUCAGCAGCGAGAGGUCUACGUAAGGAGCCUCCUGGCGAAAAUCAUCCAGUUGGAACAACAGGCCGCAGCCGUCGCCCAGCCCCUCCAAAAGAAAGCGGAAGAGGGCAAUUCCGAAGGUUAUCUGUCGGAGGAAAAGCGAAAGUACUAUGACCGACUCUUCCUGGCUGCGAAAAGGGAUCUGGAAGUGGAACGGCAAACCGUCACGCAACUGAGGUUCGAUCUUAAUGAAUUUCAAAGGAAAUAUGAAGCAGCCAAGCAGGAGGUGUGCGAUUUAAGCCACCGCCUGUACUCGCAAAGAGAGGCAGAUGUCCAGACUCUGGAAGACCAGAGUAAGAUGGAGAAAAUACAGAGGCUGAAGAAGGAAAAUGAACUUUCCAGAAGGAAACUGGAAGAAGAAAAGAAAAGAUCUGAAGAACUCUUAUCUCAGGUACAGUUUCUGUACACAUGCUUAUCAAAGCAUGAAGAGGAGCACACGAGGAUAACUUGGAUGGAGCAGCAGAUCCAGGCUUGUACUACAGACUUUGAAAACGAAAAACUUGAUCGUCAGAACAUGCAACGGCAGCUGCAUAAAGUCCUCCUGGAGCUCCGAAGAGCCCGAGAGCAGAUAACACGUCUGGAACCCUUGAAACAGCUCUGUGACUUCGCUCAUCUGGAAUCCCUAAAACAGUUCCAAGGAGAGCAGGACGCCAAGUUGAAAAAUGCCGUCACCCCCGCGCGAUGUUCCAGCCUGUUAGACGAAAGCUUCUUGGAGUGUCCGAAGUGUCAAAUGCAGUACCCGACGAGCCAGCACCGAGAACUCUUAGCCCACAUUGAUUACUGUGCAAAUUAAACUCUGCUUUUGUUCCAGGCAGCUAAUCUCCCCCGCCGGCAGGCUAGC